GGCGUUAUUCGUCUUCACGAAAGGUGGACCGGGGGCAUAAAAGUGUUCUGGAAAGGUGGCACAGGAAACCGAGGCCAUCAUAUGCUUUCGGACGGACUGAAUCGACAGAGGCAGAGACAUUGAGAUUGAGACGGAUACGACGAGCUACGCCGAUACCCGAGAGACAACAAUGACUUCUCUCCACAUUGACAUUGGGGAAAUCCCAACGCUCGAUGGCAAGAUCGUGGUGCUCACAGGCGGCUCUUCUGGCAUAGGGCUGGCAGCAGCGCGCAUCUUUGCGUCAAAGGGCGCCAAGGUGCAUGUGCUCGACAGAGUACCGAUCGACUGGGAUUUCGACAUCUUCAUGAUCCCAGGCCAGGUCGACGACGGCACGCGCAAGGAAAAGCUCGGCAGGGACGUCGACGCCGCCAUCGAGUUCCACGAGUGCGACAUCACGAGCUGGAAGCAGCUCUCGUCCGUAUUCAGCAGGAUCCCGCACAUCGACAUCGCCGUUGCGAACGCCGGCGUGUCGGAGGAGGUGGACUACUUCGCGGACAUCGUCGACGAGGCCGGCGAGCUCGUGGAGCCCAAGUACUCGGUGCUCGACGUCAACGUCCGGGCGACCCUCAACUUUGUCAAGCUUGCGCUGAGCAAAUUCGGGAAGCAGGGUCCCGGGGGCAGCCUGGUCAUCACCACCAGCGCCACGGCGUAUUCCCCGGAGCAGAGCCUGCCUGUGUACAGCGCCUCCAAGCUUUUUCUGGUGGGCCUGAUUCGCUCCCUGCGCCCUUCGAUCAAGAAGUUCGGGGCGGUGAUCAACGGGGUCGCGCCCGCGGCCACCAUUUCCAAGCUGCUGCCCGGGAACCUGGCCGCGCCAAUCAUACAAGCCGGCGCGCCCGUGAGCAGCGCGUUCCACGUCGGCCUGGCCGUUGUGUUCUCGGCCACGGCCACGCAGGACCACCAGGUUGAAGCGUACGGGAGGGACGACCCGGCCGAGGUGCAGUCAAGUGGCCGCUGGAACGGCCGAGUGAUCGUCUCCCUGGGAGAUCGCUGGACCGAGGUGGAGGAGCCCACCGCCUCUCUGAGAUCUCAGUGGUUCGGUGAAUGGCCGACUGAGAUGACGGCGUUCCAGCAAAAGCUUACCGACAACCGGUGAACGAGACUACUUGAACUUGGGGUAUCUACCAUAGGCAUGUACUGUUGGCUUCGAGCAAUGAUGAUGUUAAAAGAUCUCGUCAAGUCAAUACAGCCACAUAUCCAUAACACACCUCAUUUAGAAUAUACAAAAAUGCCCUAACUCUGCA